GCCCCGCCCGGCCCUCGGAGGAGGCCCGGCUGCGACCCGGGCCGCGCGCGCCGAGGAGCUCCCCGGACCUCCUCGCGGCCGCGUCUCCUAGUCCCGGCUUCCAGCCCGGUCGCUCCCGGCGGCUCCGGGCUCGCCGGCUGGCGGGGAGUGGCCUCAAGAUGGACGAAGGCGGUGGCGGUGAGGGCGGCAGCGGUGAGUGACGGAGUGCCUGAAGACCUGUCAUUAGAAGAGCGAGAAGAGCUUUUGGACAUUCGUCGAAGAAAAAAGGAGCUUAUUGAUGACAUUGAGAGGCUGAAAUAUGAAAUUGCAGAAGUGAUGACAGAGAUUGAUAACUUAACUUCAGUGGAGGAAAGCAAAACUACUCAGAGGAACAAGCAAAUAGCCAUGGGAAGAAAGAAAUUCAACAUGGACCCCAAAAAGGGCAUUCAGUUCCUAAUUGAGAACGACCUGCUUCAGAGCUCCCCAGAGGAUGUCGCCCAGUUUCUGUACAAAGGAGAGGGCCUGAACAAGACUGUCAUUGGAGACUACCUGGGUGAGAGGGAUGAUUUUAAUAUCAAAGUUCUCCAGGCUUUUGUUGAGCUUCAUGAGUUCGCUGAUCUCAACCUUGUCCAGGCCUUAAGGCAGUUUCUAUGGAGCUUCAGACUUCCUGGAGAGGCGCAGAAGAUCGACCGCAUGAUGGAGGCUUUUGCAUCACGAUACUGCCUGUGCAACCCUGGGGUCUUCCAGUCCACAGAUACGUGCUACGUGCUGUCCUUCGCCAUCAUCAUGCUCAACACCAGCCUGCACAACCACAACGUGCGAGACAAGCCUACUGCCGAGCGCUUCAUCACCAUGAACCGCGGCAUCAACGAGGGUGGGGACCUUCCUGAGGAACUGCUGAGGAACUUAUAUGAAAGUAUCAAGAAUGAGCCGUUUAAGAUCCCAGAAGAUGAUGGGAAUGAUUUGACACACACCUUCUUCAACCCAGACCGUGAAGGCUGGCUGCUGAAGCUGGGGGGACGUGUGAAGACCUGGAAACGGCGCUGGUUCAUCCUCACAGAUAACUGCCUCUACUACUUUGAGUACACUACGGACAAGGAGCCCAGGGGGAUCAUCCCACUGGAGAACCUCAGCAUCAGGGAGGUGGAGGACCCUCGGAAACCGAACUGCUUUGAGCUGUACAACCCCAGUCACAAAGGGCAGGUCAUCAAAGCCUGCAAGACAGAGGCAGAUGGCCGUGUGGUGGAGGGGAACCAUGUUGUAUACCGGAUCUCCGCCCCUAGCCCCGAGGAGAAGGAGGAGUGGAUGAAGUCCAUCAAAGCAAGCAUCAGUAGGGACCCAUUCUAUGACAUGUUGGCCACAAGGAAAAGGAGGAUUGCCAAUAAGAAAUAGGUAAAUGCCGAGAGCCAGACGCCACAGCAGAUGCACCGGCUGCUCGCAGGCAGCAGGACGAGGGGAGUGCGCUGCCCACGGGUCCUCCAGAACAGCUAGCCAAGGCCCGAGCCCUCAAAGCCUUGUGCUGUCCUCGGGGAUGUUGGUCAGCUGUGAGUGUUUCCUUCCUGCUACUGUCCUGGCGUUGACCUUUGGGGACCCUUGUCAAAACAGCACCUGGUGACACAGCCUCAGGACCUGCACAGCCCACAGGGGACUCCUCCUUUUCUGGAGCCAGAGCCUCAUCCACACCAUGCCGCAACACCUGCUCUUUCGGGCAGCACUAGCUGUUCUAGAAGUCGCUGUUUUAUAUCAAAAUGGGAAAGGAAAACCUACCAUUUUUUUAUCCAGAAUUUUUCUCAGAUAUAUAGGACUAUAGCUUUUAUAUGCCUUUUUAUAUUCUGAAAAUUAUAAUGAAAGAUACUUAAUUUCUAACAGUAGUAUUUUUAGAAUGGCAGCUAUAAACUUAACUCCUGGACACACGUAUAUACUGUGCACUGAAAACAGUCUAUAUAUGCAGCCCCCAAGCUUGAGUGGAAGCAGCUGGGGCCUGAUGUGUCAGGUAGGGCCCAGGCAGCCACUCUGGGUGAUGAGGCACUGGGGUAACCGUGCAGACCAGUAUGCUUGAGAGACUCCAGGUGUGGCUAACUGCCACUUCCCCUCCUGUACCCCCGUAGAGACGAAUCACUAAAAUAUGGUUAUGGCUCGGGAUGUUUAGCCUGUCAGUGUCGAGGCCUGGGAGAUAAGAGUCCUUCCCUGGAAACAGGCUGUUGACGUGUUCACCACACGGAACUGUCGUCUGACCUUCACACAUGACAGUUCCAUGUGGUCCACCUGCACAUGGCUUGUGUUGGCUUCGGUACUUUUGUUGCUUGCUGUUUCAAACUUUUGGUUAAGUGCUGCUCACUGACAUAGUAAUUAGAGCCGAUACUUUGAUGUAGUGACUAGGCAUAAGCAGUCAUACACUUUCCAACAUUUUCCCCUUCUGAGAGAGGGAGAAGCUGAAGGUGCCACUUAGAAACCUAUGGCAAUAGAACCCUAUAUAUACCAGGUGUGAUUUCAGGGUACUGUGUGACAGGGACAGGGUGAGGUGGUAGGGCCUUUUCUGUUGCACUUCUGGGGAGGCCCAUUCAUAAUUUGGAGGACCCUGUUGAGGCUGCAUGUGGCUUGUUUGGAAAAUGGCCUUCUCUGCCAAAGUGCUUGCCUGCUCUGUCUGCACAGACACACCUGGAGCUUGCAUCCCGAGGGUCCUUGAAAACCUUCAACCAAAUGCACUUAGACAUGACUUUCUGUGGGCUGUCUUGAGGCUCUUUGCCUCAGAGGUAGCUGUCACAUAAGAUUUUGGGGAUGGUGCUCAAGGCCAAAACUCCCUCCUGUACCAGACUGAUCACUUUUUGGUUUAUUCCCAUGCUUCUAGGCUUUUACUUUUACUAAUACCUCAAACCUGAAACCUUUGUUUGAGCUGCCUGGCUGGUGUGUAUGCAGCUUGGCUUCCAGUCUUCCAUGAUCCUACCCCACAGCCUUCACCACCUCAGACCAGAGCCUGCUGCUGAUUGGGCGCCUGUGUGUGUUGGGGGGGCAGGAGGUGGGGAACUGACAUGCCUCCCAUCAGGACUCUGGUGAAUCUGCCUUCUCAUGUCCAACCCAGGUAUGGUCCUGGGGAUACAUCACUCUUUGUUGGAUGUUGAGGAUGUUAAGCAUGAGGCCACCUCAUGGUGUCUUUAAUGCCAUAGUCAUCUUUGGGAGGGGACUUUGCCUUAUGGCUGUUGGUUGGCUGAUGGCCGUUGGUGCUAAGAAUCCUAAGUUACUGGCUCUCAGAGUAUCUACAUGGAGUCACCUAACUCAGGUUAUGUUGUGACAGUAUUAACCCCAAGGGCAUCUGGCCACUUCGAGGGCUUGCAAAGGCUCGGUCAUACUCACGCCCUUUGUCUGCACUUAUCAUCGAAGCAUUAAGCCCUACUCUGGCCAAAGACAGUUUCCUGUCCUGCUGGGCCCUGGUGUCAUUUUCAGGUGUAGGUAGACUGGCCCUGGAGGUGUCAGAACACUUGAGUGACAUGGUCCCACCGUCUACCUAGGAGCUGUUGGAGAUGCAGCAGCUCUGUGCUUCGUGUCAUACUGAUUUUCAGAGCUACAGCUGUGCUUUGCUGACAAGUUAGGUCUGUUACAGACCAGAAACCACAAGUGAUUUCUUUCUUUUUAUCUUAGAAAACAUUUCUAUUUACAAUAAAUAGUAUGUAAAUAAUGUACAUAUGUAUUAAUUUCUGCAGUGUUUGUUAUACAAUGUACAUACUCCCACAACCUGCAUGAAGAAAUAUCCUAUUACUGUUGAUAUCAGAACUUCUGGCUAUUUUAUUGCAAAGCAAACAGCUAGUAAAAUGGAGGGCUUACAGCUGUCAGAACUGUUGCAAAUACUGUGUUCCCUAAAUAAAAACAUACUGCUAAGACA